AUGAACCCGAGCGACCCCGCGAACGGCGCCACUGCCAGCAACACCACGACCCAAUACGACCACCACGCCAUGGUCGCCAACGCGUCCAAUGGUGAUGCCGCGCCUACCUACCCUGCACCUCACGUGCCCCUUUCUGCCAUCCCGAACUGGAUCGAUCCUCCCGCUCCUCCCUCUCCUCGCCCCACGAUGACCGUGGAGAAUGACUACACCAAAAUCUCCCGUCUGACUCCGGCCGACUACGAAAGGUGGGCGGCCAUCGAGAAUGCGUUCAUGGAGCUGCCUGGCAUUCCAGGCGCGGAGGAUCAGAAUGUUCGGCGCAUUGAGGACCUUCAAUGGAUGUUUGUUCGCAUCUGCAUUCGUGCCGGUGCGUGCACCCACAGUACGGCCUGGGACCAGGGUAUGUACUCUGGGCGCGACUUUACCUGGUGGGAGGCGCAGCAGAUGUACCACACUGCACGCGAGAACAACCUCAUCACCGCCGACGUGCCCCUGUACUGGGAAGCCUUUGAGGACAGCUUCCCCGUCUACAUCGUCCUUUAUCCCAACGUGGACAGCUACAAUGCACGCAAGAACCAGGACUUCGCCAAGUUUCUCGCCUCCAUCCCAUUCGUCGUCGUCCUGGUGCGCAAGCAGGACUGGGACAACGGCAUGGUCGCGACCAUUUUCCUCGUCGCGCUCACCCCGGAGCACUAUACUGGGUUUCUUCAGCCCUCAUGGGCGUUAGGAUCAACCGCGCACGCAUGUGUGUUCGCGGCGGAACCAUACCAUGGGCGCAUCCUCACCUAUCCCCCCCUCACGUCACAAUUCCCUGCUGCUAUACUGGUACGUCCAUCCGUACCAGGCUCAGCGGGUGGCAACGCUGCUCCCGUUAUUCCUCGAUAUGAAUAUAAGCAUGUCCCUCUUCUCCCAGAUCUUGCACUUACACUGUUCACCAUGAGCCUCACGCAAAGCUACUAUAUCCGCACGCUGCGCAAACUUCACGACCAAGAGUUGCGGAUCGAAUACCGCGCAGCUGAAAAGAGGUCAACGGCCGAGUAUCGAUACUGGAAGGCGAUUCGACCACUGCGCUCGACUUCCACUCGAUACAGUUCCUCAUACGGUUACGGCCACUCUGCAUACGCACAUCAGGUGAUGCACCACUCACAUACGGGCCUACCACAGCUACCACAGAGCAUCAGCUAUGGCCAUUCUGGCCAACUACCGCCUAUGGGAGGGAUAGGAGCACACGGGUACCCUGUCCUUCCGCGCGAUCGUCACCGCUUAGCCCGCGCCCAGGAAAAGUACUAUCGCCGCUGUUACGAGAUUGAGAACAAGAGGCAUAGGGACCUGGAGCGUAUACAAAAUCGCCGUGAGCAGUUGCUGGGCAUGCUGAAUGGUGAGCUGCAUCCUGAGGUCGAGCUGACGACAGCGAACGGCGCUAGUCAAAAGCAAGUCUAG